CAAGCUCCAACAAAGCUUUAGAAGUGAAGAAAGACAAACUAUUUUCAGGAUAAGAGAGAAAAAGAUGGCGAUUCAACUGAACCACUUCCGGGCAUCAACGCUGAAGCAAGAGAAGCAACCGCAGCCGCCUUUCUUCACUUCCUCAAAAACCCGAACGUUUAGGGUGGCUGCCGCGUCAAGCAACGCCCUGCAGCUAAUUCAGUCGGGGGAGGUGAAGCCUAUACCGCCGAAGGACGCAGCUACGGCCAUGAAUUCCGAGGGGUUCAGGUUACUUGACAUCAGACCCGAGUGGGAGCGAGAAAAAGCGCACGUCAAAGGGUCAGUUCACGUGCCCCUCUUCGUCAAGGACAUGGACAAUAGUCCCAUUACUCUUUUGAAGAAGUGGGUUCAUUUUGGCUACAUUGGGCUGUGGACUGGCCAAAACUUUACCAUGAUUAAUCCUAAUUUCAUCCGGGAGGUAGAAGCUGCUGUUCCUGACAAGGAUGCUAAGCUGCUUGUAGCUUGUGGCGAAGGGCUCAGGUCCAUGAUGGCAACUUCAAAGUUAUACGAGGGAGGAUACAAGAACUUGGGGUGGUUGGCCGGAGGAUUCAAUCGUGCUGCAGAUGGUGAUUUCCCGGAAGUGGAAGGACCUGAAAAGUUGCAAUAUGCUACGCUUGGGGGUGCUUCGUACUACUUUUUUCAAUUGCUCCUUCUCUUACAAGCCGUGGGCAAAGAGUAAUUUGAGGAGCUAGAGUCGUUUCUGCUCAAGUUUUUACUAAUUGUGAAGUAGUUACGAGCCUUGCUAAUCAGCAAGUUUCUGUUGGUUGUAAUUCGCUCAUUUUAGCUUCAGAGUUCUGAGAUCUUUUUAUUGAAUUCAUAUGCCUCUUCUUGGCAACAUGUUUUAAUGGGGAAAUUUUGUUUAAAACCA